GCAUUUCACUCUGCGGGGCCAUACUCUAUCCUGUCACCAUAAUCGACAUCGUUGGCUAUUGUGUACAAUUGGAACGAGGGGUAGCAGAGACGUCAUUUUCCGACAUUUGCUUUUUCACAAGUAGCAAAUGCAAG